AACCAUGCAUAUAUACGUUUGCGGGCAGGGCUUGGAGAAAAACCAUGAAACAAGUACCCACACUAAAUCACUUAGCAAAACAAAGACAAGAAAAGAUGGCAUUGUCCGUUUCAGCCACCGCAACCGUUUUCCUCUCAUUCCUCCUCCUCCUCCUCGUUCCUACUUCUUUUUGUUCCGACGACAACGUGAAUUUCAAAACUGUUGUCCCUCAAUCUGAUGCAGAUCUCCUAGAGUUCCCUCUAAAUUUAGAGUAUUUGGAAGCAGAGUUCUUCUUAUGGGCCUCGUUGGGCCGGGGAUUGGAUAGUGUCGCUCCCGAUCUCACCAUGGGUGGCCCGCCACCGGUUGGUGCCAGAAAGGCCACACUGGACCCUUUCACGAAUGAUGUUAUCCUCCAAUUUGCCUACCAGGAAGUUGGACACUUGAGGGCAAUUAAGAGCACGGUAAAAGGAUUUGCGAGGCCACAGCUGAAUCUGAGUGCAGAGGCGUUUGGAGAAGUGAUGAAUAGUGCAUUUGGAAGGGCAUUGAACCCACCCUUCAAUCCUUAUGCUAAUGAAAUCAACUUUCUAAUUGCUUCCUAUGUUGUUCCUUACGUUGGACUCACUGGAUACGUUGGAGCCAAUCCCAAACUCCAAAGCCCCACUUCCAAAAGGCUGGUAGCAGGGCUUUUGGCAGUGGAGUCGGGCCAAGACGCUGUGAUCAGAGGGCUGCUUUACAAGCGGGCAUCGGAAAAGGUAAAACCAUACGGAAUCACCGUAGUAGAGUUCACCAACCGCAUUUCAGAGCUCAGGAACAAGCUGGGAAGUUCAGGCCUGAAAGAUGAAGGCCUUAUCGUUCCGAAUUUGAGAGGAGCCGAGGGGAAAAUCAGGGGCAACGUUCUCGCAGGGGACCAAAACUCUCUUGGUUUUGACCGAACACCGGAGGAAAUUCUGAGGAUAGUGUACGGUUCAGGGAAUGAGCGUGUACCCGGCGGGUUUUUCCCCAAGGGAGGUGAUGGUAGAAUUGCUAAAUCACAUCUCCAAUCUCCAUGAAUCUCACCUUAGCCAACAACUUUGAACUUUGAAAUGGUGGUGAUGUUCAUAAGGGGUAAUUAUUAGUGUUUUGGUUAAUCAACAAAAAAUGCUGUAUCUCCAUGUUUAUGUGCCACAACGAAUAUAAAUCGCAGAUAUAUGGCAUUGGUUUGUCUUCAACUUUUCUCUUCUUUUUUGACAUUUCUUUUCAUCAUGUUUUUGGAAAAUUUUCAAAAAACCUCUAAACUAUCGCUUAAAUGUUUCAUAAACCUUCAAACUUCACUAAAUGUCAAUUACAUCUCUAAACUAUUCAACAUUUCAUCAAUUAAACCCACGCCGUUUUGUUUCCUUCAAUUGUUUGAUGUAGGAUGCUUACUUGUCCCCAUGGCCCUGCGUUUGGAGGGUAAAUUAACACGUGAGUGUCCCUUCCUCUUCUCUUACCCAAAGGAUAUUGUAGUUGGAGGGAAAAAUCCCCAAUUCUUCUUAUUUAUACGCAGACUUGAGACCCUAUCUUCCAUCUUCACUCCCUCCUCCAACAAAAAUCAAAGCAUGUCACACUUCCCCUUACAUGAAACUGUUUUAGACCACCCUUAAAAUCAUCCCCAAGAUGCAUUCUAAUAGAAAUCAAGGCAUGUCUCGCUUCCCCUUACAUAAAACUGUUUUAGACCACCCUUAAAAUCAUCCCCAAGAUGCAUUCUAAUAGUGAAAGGGUUGUGAUACUGAAUCUGCACAACAAUCAAGCAAAAAACAAAAUAAAUUGCAUAUUGCAUUUGAAAAUACACAUUGAAAACUGGAAACCACAUGAUUAAGAAAAAAAAUAUUGAAAACCAGAUUGUCGUCAACCAAAAAUCUAA